AUGAGGGAAAAGCAGCAGGGUACAACAGGCGCAGGGGGAAUGAGCUCCGGGGCAGCUGCGGCCUCGCCGGGGCAGAGGCAUGCCUCGAUUGUCGAGAUGCUUUCGACGCCCCCGCCCGCGAUAGUCGUGCAGACAGGAAUGGAGGAUGAGAACGUACGCGCCACGGGCGGAGAGACGGCAGCGGACGGCGACGAGCGCAGAACCCUCUCGCGGCAGAGCAGCACCUCGUCGACUGAGUCUCAUGCCUCGGCCACGUCGUGCCUGACCAAGGUGCACGCCCAAAAGUGGCAGCACAUUGAGCUGUCGCAGCUGGUGGAGGAGAACAAGCUGGUGUUUAUCAAUGCCGAAAUGUCGGUGGAGGAGGCGUUCAACACAUUGGUGGAGCACAAUCUGACGUCGCUGCCGGUGGAACGGUACCCGGGCGACAUGGACUGCGUGACGUUCGACUACAACGACCUCAACUCAUACCUGCUGCUUGUGCUCGGCAAGACGACCGUGGCGGACGAGGAGAUCACACGACAGUGCCAGUCGGGGCAGCCGGUACCCGUUGGCCGCAUCGUGAAGCUGACUCCGAAGAACCCCUUCUACAAAGUCCCCGAGACGGAAGACCUGUCGACGGUCAUGGGCAUCCUUGGCUCCGGCGUGCACCGUGUCGCCAUUGUGGACUCCACCUCUUCAUCUAUCCGUGGCAUUCUGUCGCAGCGACGUCUGAUGAAGUACCUGUGGGACAACGCCCGCCAGUUCAGCAACCUGGAGGUGCUGCUCAACUCGUCGCUGCAAAAGUUGGGCAUCGGUGUGCUGGAUCCACAUACCCCUCCUACUUCGCGGCAGUCGCGUGUUAUUUCCAUUCUCGACACAGAGCCGCUGCUCGUUGCCCUGCACAAGAUGCAUACAGAACGGAUAUCCUCCAUCGCAGUGAUCGACCACCAGGGCAUGCUGCUCGGGAACAUCUCUGUGACAGACGUCAAGCAGGUUACGCGCACCUCGCAGUAUCCGUUGCUGCACAACACCUGCCGCCAUUUCAUCAGCGUGAUCCUCAACAACCGCGGCCUGGAGAUGGGCAAGGACUCCUUCCCCAUCUUCCACGUUUACCCCACCUCGUCCCUGGCCCGCACGGUCGCGAAGCUGGUCGCCACCAAGGCGCACCGUCUGUGGAUUGUUCAGCCCGUCGAGCAGGGCGUCCUGGUCUCGCCCCCGGUUGCGCCCACCACCAUAGAUGGCUCUUCAGAAUUCAGCUCCCGCCAUGUGUCGCCGUCGCCGGCACCGUCGCCUGCCGGCAGCCAUGGCCCACUCACCACCUCUGCGUCUCCCCUCGGGACACUUGAUAAAGAAUACAGCACCGGCAAGCUCAUUGGAGUCGUGUCCCUAACCGAUAUAUUGGGCUUGCUAGCCCGCAAGCACACCGAAAAUAAGCUUGUCGACCCUCUCUCUGCGAGAAGACAGAGGGGCUCUGUCGCGAGGUAA